UGUUUUCUUUCCAUGAAAGUCAUGGUGUAUCAUUAGUUGAAGUCGAUUUAAAAAAUCCACAAAGGAUGUUUGCUUUACACAAUGUUGGCUGCUGUCAUUAGGAGUUAGAGAGUAACCGGAUCGAAUUUAGUUUGGAAAAUGGGCCCCAAUAAAAUGACAAUGAAUGGCUAAGAAAGAUAAAAUAAUGUGGGAUGAAGUUUUUACGAGACCUAGUCUUUAUGAAAACAAAAUAAAGCCUCACUUCAAAUUUUGGAAAGCACUUUUGACAAUGGAAAUCUUCAUGAUGACCGAUGAACACUUAUUUUUAUGGCUAAAUGGACUGUUUAGAUAAUUCGUUACAAUAUAUGCUUUUGUUAGAGUUUGUAAUCUUUAACUUUUUUUACAACCACAAUGUUCAAGCUGAGAUGAUCUAUGGAAAGGUUUACCAAUGUUUGAAUUGCAAUUUUUGAUGAUGAAUUAUGAAGUGAGACUUUACUUAUUUUGAUAGGCCUGCAACUCAAACAAACCAGUUUCUAAAAAUAUGAUAAAUUUUUAAGACUUGCCUUUGUUUCAGAUUCAUGGUUAACAUUGUUUAAGAUUCUCAACCCCAAAAAUAUUCAAAGAGGUAUGUGUAAAUAGAUGAGACAUUGGAUUUAUGGAGGCCUUGCUCAUUUAGAUGGUUAGGUGGUGGGUGCUAUGGCAUUGAUGUUUUGAUUUCCAUUCUUGCUGGAUGGGAGAUCCUUGGAAAAAAAAAAAAAAUUUUUUUUACUAGAAGACUUGCCCUUCUUUAAUUAUUUUUUUUUCGGACUUUUGAAACUAAAUAUAGAUGGAUAAUGCUCGGUAUCUAGUCCAUUUUGAAAACUGAAAUUUUUUUGUCAGAGAACCUUUUGAAAAUCUGAUCUAUGUACGAUUAUUUGUAUGAGAAAUAAAAGGGCAAACAGAAGAGUUCGAGAACCACUGGUGACUCCUGCCUACUGGCCUCAAUGGAGAAGAAAACAAUUUCAAAGGGGUCAGGCCAUUAAAAGUUAAACUAAACGUAUAGGUCGAGAAGGCAUCAUUUUAUCUGGAGUCCCUACCACCCCGGACUACCUUCAGCGUAGCCGCCCUCCCCCGCUUGACACACCUUUCUCAAUGAAAACCUCUGGUUUUUUUUUUUUUGUCUUAUUUUUAAUCCAAGGAUGGCACUCUUCUUUUGAAACCAAUAACCCCAUACACUUCUCAUUUCCUCCGCAGUCCACCCAAACUGAUCGAAUGGCUCCCCUGCGCUUUGUUCUCUUCCUCCUAUUUUCCCUCUCUGCUUCCUCCACUCUGCUCUUCCCCCUCCAACCCACGACAACCUCUCACCCCCCUCUCCACCUCCUCCGCGUCUCCUCCAACCGCUCCACCACUCGCUUCCACCACCACCACCACCACCGUCCCCUCCCCCUCUCUCCCGGCUCCGACUACACUCUCCCUCUCUCGGUCGGGCAACCCCCACUCACCCAAACCAUUCCCGUCUAUCUAGAUACGGCCAGUGAUCUCGUUUGGCUCCCUUGCUCCCCCUUCGAAUGCAUUCUCUGUGAAAACAAGCCGCCUUCUCUCUCUCACUUCGACCCCAAACACUCACCCUCCCUCCCUGUUCCCUGUGAUUCCCCGGCGUGUUCCGCUGCCCACUCGAGGACCCCGUCCCGUGACCUCUGUGCGGCCGCUGGCUGCUCCCUUGACGACCUCGAGACUUGUUCAUGCUCCCAACACUGUCCCACUUUUUAUUACGCAUACGCUGAUGGCUCCUUGCUUGCUAGCCUCCUCUCCGACCGACUCCCUCUCUCUCCUCACCAUUCCUUCGUUUUUGGAUGCGCCCGCUCCACCCUGGCCGAGCCCAUUGGAGUGGCGGGGCUGGGGCAGGGGCCACUGUCACUUCCAGCCCAGCUUCCCCCAUCGCCAUCCCGGUCCUUCUCCUACUGCCUUCCAGUGCAGCAUGCCGUGGGCAAUGCCCAAGGGGCAGGCCGGCCCGGCCCCCUCAUUCUUGGCCGGUCGCCACCCGUCCAAGGAUUUGCAUACACACCAAUGUUACACAACCCCAGGCGUCCCUACUUCUACUAUGUGGGCCUUGACGCUGUGCAUGUCGGGCAAAGGAGGAUUGCCGCGCCUCCAGAGCUGAGGAGGCUGGACCGGAAAGGGGGAGGGGGAUUAGUGGUGGAUUCCGGGAGCACUUUUACCGUAUUGCCCCCAGGGUUUCGCCGGAAAAUAGUGAGUGAAUUUGAGAGGGGAGUUGGAUUUGAGAGGGCGAAGUGGGUGGAGGAUGAGACGGGGAUGGGGCCUUGUUAUUAUAUGAGAACGGCCACAAAAGAUGUCGAGGAGAGGAGUAGGUUCAAUAAGAUUGGGGCCCUUUGGAUACCAAAGGUGGGCUUCCAAUUUAAGGGAAAUGUGACUCUUGACUUGCCCACUGACAACUACUUCAUGAGAUUUGACGUGAGAGGAAGAGAGAGAGUGGGGUGUUUGUUGCUGCUGGGUGGAAGCCAAGAGGAAAGGGGGGGGCCUGCGGGGAUACUCGGCAAUUAUCAGCAACAAAAUUUUGAGGUCGUCUACGAUACCGAAGGGAAGAGGCUAGGCUUUGCGCCGCGCCAGUGCACCGAUUUGUGGGACGACUUGCACGCCUGAAUCACCUGCCGUCCCGUCCCGAGCCCAGCCCAGCCCAGCCCAGCCCAGCCCCCUCAUAUAUCACCACCUUCCACAACAUUUCCUCUUUUUUUUUUUUCUUUUUCUUUGAAAUGUUGUGCAAGCGGGGGUUCCUUGCUUUCGUCUGAGUGCUCAAUUCCUCCGGAGAACCUUCGCAGAUAUGUUGUACAGGAUGACUACCCAAGCAAAUAAUAUUCGGAGUAAUAACUUUAUUUCUCUUUUUAA